AUGUGUUCGGAGUUCGAUCGUUUAGCGGAAAUGAAGAAAUACGUUGUGAAGGUUUUUGAAGAAUGCGUCAAAUCGGUGUCGCCCAGAAACAUCGUCAGAAAUACAUUGAGAUUCGAUUCAAAAAAGCUUUUCGUUAAUGACGACUCUUCGGAGUACAGCGUGCCUGGUGACGUUUACUUGGUCGGUUUCGGUAAAGCGGUGCUCAACAUGGCGCUAGAAGUGGAGAACAUACUCAACGGCCGUCUCAAGGAGGCCGUAGUGAGCGUCCCAUUCGGGACCCAACGACCCUCCUCUUUGCAGAACUCCAAAGUGCGCGUCAUGGAGGCAGCCAGGAACAACAUGCCUGACCGGCAGUCGGUGGAAAACACCGAUCGCAUCACAGGUACACUAGCCCGUCUGGGGAGGCACGAUUUGCUGAUCGUACUGAUAUCAGGCGGGGGUUCUGCACUGUUGUGUUCGCCGACCGUGCCCCUCCACGACAAAAUUCUCGCCACCAACCUGUUGUCGUCGGGAGGUGCAUCCAUCGAACAGCUGAACACCGUGAGGAAAGCUCUGUCUCGGGUCAAGGGCGGCAGACUAAUCGGGUUGGUCCGAGGGGAGUGUACCGUGAUCUCACUGAUCCUGUCUGACGUCGUGGGCGACCCGUUGACCGCCAUCGCCAGCGGACCCACCGUGCCCAACGACGAUCCCGACUGUCUACCCAUCGGGAUUGUCGACCGCUUCGGUCUGCGUGAUAAGAUGCCCAAGACCGUCAUCGACGCGCUCUUGCGAAACGAAUCGUUCAACGGCACCUCGGCACGGUUCGACAGAGUCCACAAUUAUGUGAUCGGCAACAACGCCGUAGCGUUACGGGCGGGCAUCGAGUACGCCAGCCGAGACUUUAAGGCGGUACUUGUGACGACGUCGCUCCACGGUGACGUGGCACUGGUAGCGACGUUUUAUUCAGAUCUCGUAACGUACGUGUGUGGCCUGUACGCAUGCACAACGGACGGGAAACGCAAAGACCAACUGAAGAUCACGUCGUCGUCGGUAGUCGGCGGUGGCGGCGUGGACGUCGAGGGCCUGACGAACAGCGUCGUCGAAGCGUCGUCCGAAGGCCGUGGCUUGUGCAUACUGAGUGGCGGCGAGCCCACGGUCAUGGUCCGGGGUAGCGGCCUGGGCGGUAGGAACCAAGAGCUUGCGCUGAGGGUGUCUUUGGCCUUGGGGGCGGCGAGACGUCGUGACGACGGUCUGCACCGGUUCGACGUGCUGUUCUUCAGCGGCGGUACAGACGGCAUCGAUGGUCCGACCGAUGCGUGCGGGGCGUUCGGUUACCCGGCACUCGAGGACGUGGCGCUGUCCCAAGGCCUAGACCCUUCACGCUAUGUCAACAACAACGACAGCUACGGGUUUUAUUCGUCACUUGAUUGCGGUGGUGAUGAUCUACUGAAAAUCGGACACACCGGCACAAAUGUGAUGGAUGUGCAUGUUUUGAUCAUCAAACCGAAAUAA